AGAAAAUACUGUGAAGAGGAAGGAAGGGGAAAGGAAAAAACCGCUCGGAAGGAUUUUUUUUUUUUUUUUUUGGGUCAAUCGGAGAUCUGAGAAAAUUGAGCUGGAUCUUUCCGGCGAGACUUUUUCCGGUUGAUCCAAACGCCAGAGACCUAUACAUACAUCACAAUUAAUUAUAAAUAUAUCGAAGAUGAAUUUAUUCAGAUUAGCUGGGGACAUGACCCAUUUGGCCAGUGUUCUUGUUUUGCUCCUCAAGAUCCACACCAUCAAAUCCUGUGCUGGGGUUUCUUUGAAGACUCAGGAGCUGUAUGCCCUUGUAUUUGUAACUCGCUACUUGGAUAUAUUUACCAGUUACAUAUCAUUUUAUAAUACUGUGAUGAAGUUAAUUUUCCUCGGAAGCUCUUUCUCUAUUGUUUGGUCUAUGCGGCAACACAAGCUGAUUCGAAAAUCUUAUGAUAAGGAUCAAGACACAUUUCGCCAUUUUUUUCUUGUGUUGCCCUGUCUGAUUUUGGCCUUAUUAAUUCAUGAAAAGAUUACCUUCAAAGAGGUAAUGUGGACAUUUUCCUUGUAUUUGGAAGCUGUCGCAAUACUUCCUCAGCUUGUUUUGCUGCAAAGAACAAGAAACAUUGACAACUUAACAGGACAAUAUGUCUUUCUCCUCGGGGCAUACAGAGCACUCUAUAUAUUAAACUGGAUCUAUCGCUACUUUACUGAGGAACACUAUGUCCAAUGGAUAACUUGGACAUCAGGAAUUGUUCAGACAUUACUAUAUGCUGAUUUUUUCUAUUAUUAUUUCCAAAGCUGGAAGAACAAUGUAAAGCUACAGUUACCAGCUUGAGUCAUCUGCAGGCCAGGGGAACACAUAUUCAUUUGAUAUUAAGUGCUUGAUAUAUGGGUUUGCUUCAGUUGGGCUUGUUAAGCCAUGCAACUUUUUCAUUCUUAUUGAAUGAGGGCUUCACCCUGAACAUAAGAUACACGAAGCAAAUCUCAUCAUGCAAGUAUUCAAUUACAUUGUUUCUGACAGCAAUUGUAUUGCAUAUUCGUUGGUAUGAAAAUUAUUUUGACGAGUAUAAUUGAUAGCGACAUUUUAUUGAA